AUGAGGAGGGUGACAGUACCCCCCCCUCUCAAGGUGCGCCUCCUGGCGCACCCAGGACCGAUCGGGGACGGCCCGGAUGCAGGACAGGUUGGGGCUGGACCGGCAGUAGAGAGCCUGACCAACGGAGGUCCUCCGGCGGCCGGGCUGGGAACCGGCAGGAGGCACGACGGGACCCUUCUGGAGGCCGGGCUGGGAACCGGCAGGAGGCACGACGGGACCCUUCUGGAGGCCGGGCUGGGAACCGGCAGGAGGCACGACGGGGACCUUCCUCCGGGGGUCGAGCCGGUGGCCAGGCUGGAAACCGGCGAUGAGGGAACCCCUCCGGGGGUCGGGCCGGUGGCCGGGCUGGAAACCGGCAGCAGAAUCGGCGGAACCCCUCCGGGGGCCGGGCUGGGAACCGGCCGCAGAAUCGGCGGAACCCCUCCGGGGGCCGGGCUGGGGGCCGGACUGGAAACCGGCGACGGUGGAACCCCUCUGGGGGCCGGGCAGGUGGCUGGACUGGAAACCGGCGACGGACUGGAGGGUCAGGAGGGACAGGAAGGACAGACUGGACUGGAGGGACUGACUGAACUAGAGGGUCAGGAGGGACAGGAAGGACAGACUGAACUAGAGGGUCAGGAGGGACAGGAAGGACAGACUGAACUAGAGGGUCAGGAGGGACAGGAAGGACAGACUGAACAGGAGGGACAGGAAGGACAGACUGGACUGGAGGGACAGACUGAACAGGAGGGUCAGGAAGGACUGACUGAACUGGAGGGACAGGAAGGACAGACUGGACUGGAGGGACAGACUGAACUAGAGGGUCAGGAGGGACAGGAAGGACAGACUGAACUCGAGGGUCAGGAGGGACAGGAAGGACAGACUGGACUGGAGGGACAGACUGAACAGGAGGGUCAGGAAGGACUGACUGAACCAGAGGGUCAGGAAGGACUGAUUGAACCAGAGGGACAAGAGGGACUGACUGAACGAGAGGGACAAGAGGGACUGACUGAACCAGAGGGACAAGAGGGACUGACUGAACCAGAGGGACAAGAGGGACUGACUGAACCAGAGGGACAAGAGGGACUGACUGAACCAGAGGGACAGGAGGAGCUGACUGAACCGGAAGAACUGACUGGACAGGAAGAACUGACUGGACAGGAAGAACUGGAGGGACUGACUGGACAGGAGGAACUGGAGGGACUGACUGGACAGGAGGAACUGGAGGGACUGACUGGACAGGAAGGACCGACAGAGCCAGAGGAACAGGAGGGACUGACAGAGCCAGAGGAACAGGAGGGACUGGAGGAACUGACUGAACCAGAGGGACAGGCUGGAGAGACAACACAGGGGAGACCACUCCUGCAUGGGAACCAUACGGUGUUAAUUUGGUCCCUGCAGGAGGACCACUCGAUGUCAAAGUGGUAUUGA